AACUUAUGUUUAAAUUGAUUCUGCAUAAUACGAUUUCUUUUUACAAAGUUACGUCCCUUAAUUUUUAAAAAGACAUUUGUUAGUUCCAGAUACUGUAGGUACUGUAUAUCAAUAAUAUUCAUCCUGCUAGUCCACCGGCUUCCAGGUACACCAGCACUUAUACUGUCUUUGGAGUAGUAAAUAGGUAGCUACAAUUACUUAUUUAUGUUCAAAGCUUGAUCGUUAUUUUUGAGUUUUACACCGGUCAGUCGGGUAGACAGGGAAGUUCUUUUUUUAUUAUAUCUUAAAGUUUACAUUGGACCGUACCUUUUUGUCUUCAUAUUUUUAUUUAUUAAAGUCAUGAUCAUAUUUAAGAUAACUUUUUUAGCUCGGCUGGUCUGGAAUUUCAAGAGUACCGGAUUCGGGCUUGGUUGUCCCUUGACCCUGUAUUUUACGGACCCAACGACAAUAUAGUCGUGCUGUAUGUCGAUGUGUGAACAUCGACCAUAACGAAGUCGGAGGGAUCCACCAAGGAUAACUUAGAAUUUUUCUAGUAAUAUUUUAAUAAAUAGAAGAAAAAUAAAUUAAAAAUCGAUCCGAAAAAAUACAUUGCUACGAAGUUCGCCAGAUAAAUACAAAAAUGGCGGCAAACAUAGUCAGCAGAAUAUUCCUGCUGCUGGCAGCGGCACACUGCGGCGCUGCGACGGACUUACUCAGGAGUGUAAGACAGGCCCCAGGCAGCAUCUUCACGGUAGGCAACGGAGAGCCAUGCCUCGGCUCCGACAGGUCGACAGGUGGAGUCUGUCUAUCCAGGAAUCAAUGCAACACGCAGGGCGGGAAGGCCAUUGGAUUCUGCGGUGUCUUCGCUACAUGUUGUUCGCUGAACGCUUGUGACGUCAGAACGAACACCAAAGUGGCCGUAUUCAUAAACCCUCCCCUGAACAAGGAGUCGUCUGGUCUCGAAUGUUCCUACAACGUUGAGAUCAACAACAACAACGUCUGCCAGAUGAGGAUCGACUUUGAGACGUUCAACCUUGCCCCGCCCACUACGGUCGAACCCGUAGAGAACGUGACGCAGCGUCCUGGCUUCACCUGCAGGAACGACAUCUUCCAAGUGACCAACCUUCAAGCUAACUCCGACUACAUGCCUGCUCUCUGCGGCGACAACAAUGGACAGCAUUUGUAUGUACGUGUCAAUGCAUCCACCAACAGUCGCUCCAUCAGGAUUAACUUCAAGAUAGCCGACCGUAACACCCAGCCGAACUUACCUCAAGCUACUUGGAAGAUUAAAGUCACUCAGCUGGAGUGCUUCAAUACUUUAGGUAAAUAUCGAGAUGGACUCUUCGAAGCAAUCACCUCCUCAUUACCCAGCACUCCUCUCACGACUUCAGCAGACAGAGAUGAAUAUCUGAUUGCACCUCCUGGCUGCCUCCAGUAUUACCCUGACAGGGCAGGCUCUUUCGAAUCGUUCAAUUACAACCGAGGCUCUGGCCCUUACAUAGCGAACUUGGCUUAUGCUACAUGCUUCAAGAAAACGCCUGAUGUUUGUGGCAUCAAGUUGACAUCUGCAAGCUUCGAGAUGGCGUACCGCCAGGAAGACAAUUUAUACCUGGACACAGAUUGCCAGAUCAAUCCUGUGACUCAAGGAGCGGCACAGUCCGAAGACUACCUGUUCAUCCCUGAAGCUGAGACUACUGAUGGCCUUAGAGGUUCCAAGUUCUGCGGAAGCAGUGCCGCUAACCAGAUCAUAGCUUCGACUCCGCCUGGACCGCUGUACGUGCAUUUCCACAGCGACAAUUUGGUGUCAGACGACAUCACAGAGUCCGGAUACAGAUUUAACUACAACGUACUAAACAAUUGCUAUCUGAAAAAAUAAAUUGGACUUUUGAGAUUGUUAAAUUAGCCAAUUAACUCCUUUGCCAUAUCAGUACAACGAAAAAAAAAAGUGUUUUUUUUUUGUUCUCAUCAAAAAUGCUCUCUAUGGUUCUUGUUUAUUUUUAGUUAACAUGUCGAAUUAAGACUGUUUUGUUUUCAGUAUUUUUGUUUUUUUUUUUAAUAAUUUUGAAUUGCUUUUGUUGUAAACAAAUGUUUUACUUAAUUAUUUUGCGAGUUACAAUCUGCUAUUUCUAUAUUAGAAUAACUUUUGUAAUACAAUAAAAUAACUUAUGUAAUACACUAGCUAAGUAUUUGAUAGUAAGAUAUUAGCCAUUAUUUGUAAUAAUAAAGUGAUCCAAUUUGCAUUUUUUAGUUUUAAGAACCUAUUUUAGUGCCAAUAUUCACAUUUUGUAAUGUGCCUCUAAUAAAUUAUUUUAUAAGUAAC